UGCACCGCACCGGGAGAUGAUGUGAUGCUGCGCGGAUGAUGCUCGUCAGGGAGGGGAGGGUGAUGUCAAAGCUCCAGCCUGCAUCAAAGCAGAAAUUGUCUUGGUUGAAAGCAGAGUCAUGGCUGAAGACAACAAAAGUGUUUGCUCCAACAGCUCCAGAACCGUAUCGGACCUGUUCAGCAACUUGGAGGACAUCGACGUCUCGGCGGAUGGGACUCCUCACCUCCGAGUCCUGGUCUGCGUUGUGUAUUCCGUGCUGUGCGCUGCGGGUCUGGCGGGCAACCUGCUGGUCUUCUUCCUCGUAGGAGCCAAACAAGAGAGGAAGUCGUCCAGGAUGGAUUUCUUCGUGCUGAACUUGGCGCUGACGGACCUUCUGUUCGUGCUGACGCUGCCCUUCUGGGCCGUGGACACGGCUCUGGACUUCAGCUGGCCGUUCGGGGACGCCAUGUGCAAGGUGGUGCUGUCCGUCACGGUGAUGAACAUGUACGCCAGCGUCUUCUUCCUCACGGCCAUGAGCGUCACCAGGUACCUGGCUCUCACGUCUGCGCUCCGUAACACCUGCGCGCACACCUCGUGCUCCGACAAGUGGACGUGCGCCGUCAUUUGGACCCUCGCCACCGUGGCCACGCUGCCGACGUCUAUUUUCUCCACCGUCAGCCGCGUCAGCGGUGAAAACUUGUGUUUGCUGAAGUUCCCCGGCGGACAGAGCUGGCUGGCGGUCUAUCACAUCCACAAGAUCCUGGUUGGCUUCGUGGUGCCCAUCUCGGUGGUGUCCAUCAGCUAUGUCAAGCUGCUGCGCUUCGUCCGCAAAAGGAGCAUGAAGAGCAGCAACCCUAAAAGGAGGUCUCAGGUCACCAAAUCCGUCACCAUCGUCGUCCUGUCCUUCUUCCUGUGCUGGAUGCCCAACCACGCCAUCACCCUGUGGAGUGUUCUGGUCAAGCUCAACGCGGCCAACUGGGACAGGACCUAUUACGUCGUGCACACGUACGUCUUCCCGCUGACCGUGUGUUUGGCGCACACCAACAGUUGCCUCAACCCCGUCAUCUACUGCCUCAUGAGGGCCGAGUUCAGGACCAGGCUUAAGCUUCUCAUCCACAGGGGACACACGGCGGACAGCUAGAAUCCGAGGACGCACGGAGUGCAGAAAGUGCCGUGUUUGGAUCAACACGUACGUGCGUAAUUACGCAUGGCUUGGGCGCGUUUUACACCCGUUUGGGAAUGUUUUAGCAAGCUCGUGUGACCACUGACCACCGUGGGGCACAACUACUUAGUAGGGGGUGGGUGGAUCCAUUCAAAUAUCCCAAAAAAUUAUUAUCAGAGAUUUUGAGAAUAAAGUCGUACAUUUACAAAAAAAAAAAAGUCUUACACUAACGGGAAUAAGUUGUAAUAUUAUGAUAAUAAAGUCAUAAAUUUACGAGAAAUAAAGUCAUCUUCCUGAAGAGCGAUGCUCUAUUUUCCUUCUGACACGUAUGACAGGAUGUAUUAUAUCUUGUAGUGUUGUGACUUUAUUCCCAGAAAUUUACGGCUUUAUUCUUGUAAUAUUACGACUUUUUUCUCAUAAACUUCCGACUUUAUUCUCAUAAUAUUACGAUAUUUUUUCUCUUGUAAAUUUACAACUUUUUUCUCAUAAAUAUAUGACUUCAUUCUCGUAAAUUUACGCCAUUUUUCUCUUAAUAUUACAACCUUUU